UCAUCCGUCGACGGCCACGCUCCACAAUCCUCACGACUAAUAACUAACCGUUCCCCUCCCCUGGAUCUCGCCAGAGUCCUCGCGUGGAGUACCGACGACGACUCGUCUUCCCCCACGCCGGUGGGACGACGGAGCACCAGCGGUGAUUGAUGAUGCCGGUCGACGGGAGGAGAGGCGCCGACACCGGGCUGGACGACCUGCCCGAGGAUCUCGUCACCGACAAGAUACUCAUGCUGCUGCCGCCCAAGGACGUAGGCCGCUGCCGUGCCGUCCGGGCGUCGUGGCGCAGCGCCACCUCCACGCCCGAGUUCAUGUUCGCCCACCACCGCCGCCAGCCGUCGUUCCCCAUGGUCAAGUUUGCAGUCAGGCUCGGUACCUUCCGAGCAUCCCGCCGCGGCAGAGCAUCCUACCAUCCGCAUCUCCCCCCGGGUCACCACGUCAAGCUCCACGCCUCCGGCGAUGGCUUCCUCAUCGUGUCCGUGUCGUGCCGGUUCUACAUCUGCAACCCGACACUCCACCAGCUUGCUCCCCUGCCACAGCCUGAAUUUCACCACAGAAACACCAUACUCGGCCUCUACAGGCACGAUGCGACCGGGGAGUACAGGGUGCUCUGGUAUUCACUGGUUGAUGGGGGAUGCGACGUCGACGGAAAAAUGCUACAUGUCAUAACAGUAGGACACAGCCAAUCCAGGAAAAUUCGGGCAGCCUCGUCGCCUUUGGAAGAAAAAGCAUUACUUGAGGCGCUGCCAGGAGAUAGUUACUCCGCAUAUAAUCCACCGGUCCGCCACCGUGGCAACCUGCACUGGAUGUCAUCGGGUGAGAUCAUUGUCUUCGACACCGCUACCGAGUUGUUCCGGCGUAUGCGAGCCGCCACCAACUCGUACAGCUUGUUCGACGUGCAGGGAAAGCUUGGUUUGUACACCCCGGACAAGCGCUACACCUAUAUGGAUGUUUGGGUGAUAGAGGACUACGAGGCCGAAAUGUGGGAGUUCAAGUACCGGAUUGACAUGUCAUCAAUAGAGGCAUGUAACUCUCUUCAUCUAACCUGUCCCAAACAGGAAAAGAGAAAGAGAACGUCAGUCAGAGUUAAUCCAAUGUCGAGAAUGAUCCAUGAGAUAUCUAUGCUCAACGAGCAUGAGCUGUUGUUCGGCUAUAACGAUAACCACAUGUUGCGCUGCAACAUUGAUGGCAAGCUCUUAGGCAGGGCCAACAUGGCAAAGAGAAUAUAUAAUUUAGAGCUUACUCGCCAUCGCCUCAAAGAGUGCAUUAUCCCAAUUCCGUCGAGCAAGAUGCAAGAAGAAGGAUGAGAAGUUUCCACUCUCCACCGAGCAUGUAUGGAAGGUUCAGGAUUGCUGCUUUCUUUUGUCCUUGGAAUAUCUACUUAUCUAUCCUAUGUGAGCCAUGCCUCUUGUGCUUAGCUCUUGCUAUUUAUUAGUAGUGCUACUAGAACAUGCUACUUUGCAUUGUCGCGGUUGCAUUUCAUGCUAUCAUGCUGCGGUGCUUAUUAUGAUGUGUUGAACAUUAUGUUUUAAUGAUCACAAACAUAAACAUGUA